UUUUGGGGAACGUAACGUUAAUCUCUCUUACAGUGUAUUUUAUGGUUUUCUCCUACAAAACAAAACAGCUCAUUCCUGUAUUCAAAGGAUGCAAUAACACGAAAUAAGAAUUAUCACUUUUGUGUCUAAAAUAAAUCAAUAACAUUCUUGUUUAUUUAUUGAAGGAAUGCUACUCAAUCAAAACAUGACUACGUGACAACCUCUAGGCCGAGUCACAACAAAGCGACAAGAGAUUCCUGCAGUAAUUGUACAAAUCCCCCCCAAAAUGUAUUUAUUUUAGUGUUAAGGGCUCCAGUUAAGUGUUAAGGUUACUCUCCAUGGUAACUAGUGUAGGAAAGCUAACUGAGAAUGUCCUGGUGAAAUACAUAACAGUCCAAAUGCUUUUAACCUUUAUGUAUUUGAUCAUUUCUGCCGCUGCUAGCCUGGCCUAGUCUAUUCGUCUUUAUGUACUGGAAUCUAAAUGACCCCUGUUCACUUCCCACUGCCUGUGAGACACGGAGAUAACUAAUGGCUCAACCUGCACCGGCCUCACCGCGUUGCCAAGCAAUGUGCACCUGCCCCGGUUGACCUGCCUCAGCCCGCUACACGAGUGCUACACCGAAGCUAGUGUCUGUGUGCAUCCAGACACUGGAGCAGUCGUUACCUCGGGUCUAACAGGGCAUUUCGCUCCCAUGGGAAACCGCAGGGUUGUACGACUCCGCUCCGUUCAUUACGCGCUAAAGGCCAAGGAAAUUUGGUAUAACUUUGGGAGAUGUCAGAAAGUUCCUCAGGUGUGAACACGAGCAGUGGCAGUUUUCCCAAAUCCCACUCCUCCCAGUAUUCUGAAGUCAGCGUCACACACACACCCCUCUCCGUGGACCAGAGUCCAGAUUCCGGAAUCGUCAAAACCCCUCUGCCGUCCAGCCGGUUCAGGUUCGUGUCGUGGCAGCGGCUUGAGGAGAGUGAUGUCAAAGGAGACCAGCUCUCCUGUCCCAGGGUCAGAGAAGGGCCGUCAGUGGAGGACCUCUUUCUGAGAAAGGAUGACACCCCCUUGGAAAGGGGGAGGAGGAAGAGGAGAGAGGAAGAAGGGCAGAGGUGGGAGGAGAGGCUUCAAGAGAACUGGGAGAAUUGUGUGGAGCUGAACCUGUCCUAUCAGGACUUGGGAGAUCCGUUCCAGCAGGAAAACUUCAGUCGGAUCCUGAGGAGGCUGAUCCGAGUGGAGAGACUGCAGCUGAUCAAUAACUCCCUCACAGACCUGAGUUCUAUAUGCCUGCCAAGGUGCCGAAGCCUGAAUCUGCAUCGUAACCACCUGACAUGUAUUCGUCAGCUGCCAAAGCUCCCGGCCCUGGAGCACCUGUGUCUCUCUGAGAACAGCAUCUCCACACUGAGGGGACUGGGGGCUCUGGGAACCAGCCCACUCCACUCCCUCACACUCAGAUCUAACCCUGUCAACUACAUACAGGACUACCGUGCACGUGUGUUCUCUUGUUUGCCAAAACUAAGAGUUCUGGAUGGAAUCCCCAAGCUGCCAGAAGAUUCCAUGCCCCCUGGACUCCAACUCCCAGCAGCCACCAGGAUGUGUAACGUUCUGUGACAUCAAACUAAGGGGCUUUGGAAAUUCCAUAAAUAAUAAUAAAAGUAAUUCCAUAAAUAAUAAUCAAAGUAAUUCCAUAAAUAAUACACUGACAACAUUUUAGUAGGGCUACUAAUACUGUAUAUUGUGUAUAUUUUAUGACUGAAUAUAGAAGAUGUUUUUAUAUUGUUAAGAGUUGUUUUUACUUGUACCGGGUUAUGUGACUGGGCUGUUAGGCAUUUGGCUGAUCUA